GGAGCGCAGGGAGAGCCUGCAUUUGCGUGCGCAUUAGUUGUGACGUCGGGCAAACGAAUCACAAGACUGGAGGACCCGUAUUGAGCUGUGUUUCGGGUGUAUUUGUGUGUGACUGUGGAAACAUGUCGGCAAGGAUGGUGCACACCGGAGGACCUGUGUCAAUGAAAUCCACCAAAACUUAAAGAACCAGUGGAAAUUGUGCAAUUUCACCCUAUAAAGAAUUGGACAAACUCCGGCGACCAGUUUGACGAUUGUGUUAUCGGUCUACUGACUCGUGCGUUUUCGUUGGCAGAAUUAUUCAAAACGAAUGGUGGAAGAAUAGACUCCAAAAGUAGACACGGGACGUCGAAAGUGGAGUGGAGAGAAGGUCUCGGCAGGUAGAGACGGACGCUCGCUCUUGGAAUGUUAUCCGUACUCUCAUAUGGCAGACUGGUUGCGAGGGCUGUCCUUGGCGGACUCUCUCAAACUGAUGGUCGGGACUACAGCCUGGUCACAGCUAGCUGCGGGUUUGGGAAAGACUUUCGUAAGGGGAUCUUGAAGAAAGGGAUGUGUUACGGGGAUGACGCUUGUUUCAUUGCCCGGCAUAGGUCCGCUGAUGUAUUGGGUGUGGCGGAUGGUGUAGGUGGAUGGAGGGACUACGGGGUGGACCCAUCCCAGUUCUCUGCCACCCUGAUGAGGACAUGUGAGCGAUUGGUGAAGGAGGGCCGCUUCACCCCCAGCAGCCCUGUGGGCAUCCUCACCUCUGGCUACUAUGAGCUCCUACAAAACAAAGUACCCCUGCUUGGGAGCAGCACAGCAUGUAUCGUGGUCCUGGACCGAAGGAGCCACCAACUGCACACGUGUAAUCUAGGUGACUCUGGUUUCCUGGUGGUGCGAGGGGGAGAGGUGGUGCACCGCUCAGACGAACAGCAGCACUACUUCAACACCCCUUUCCAGCUGUCCAUCGCUCCCCCAGGGGCAGAGGGAGUGGUACUCAGUGACAGCCCUGAGGCCGCUGAUAGCGCCUCUUUCGAUGUCCAGCUGGGUGACAUCAUCCUGACCGCCUCGGAUGGCCUCUUCGACAACAUGCCCGACUACAUGAUCCUGCAAGAGCUCAAAAAGCUCAAGAGCGCCAACUAUGACAGCAUCCAGCAGACGGCACAGAGCAUUGCAAAGCAAGCGCACGAACUGGCCUAUGACCCCAACUACAUGUCCCCUUUCGCUCAGUUUGCCUGUGACAAUGGCCUGAAUGUAAGAGGGGGGAAGCCUGAUGACAUCACGGUGCUGCUGUCCAUUGUGGCAGAAUACACAGACUAAGUGUGUGUGAUGCUUAUUGCAUCCGUUUACUUCCCACCAUUCAAGUCUUCCACCUGCCUCCUCAAGUGCACUGGUUCCUGUCGGACGGACUGUAGCCCCCCCCCCCCCUCAUAUCCCCUCACUGACCUUCCUAUCGCACCGCCACAAUAUGGAACACAAACUCCUCACCACAGAAUUUAGCUCUAUCUGUUUUCUUCCAUUUUGUUUUGGUACUCUAUUAUUGAGAGGAGGCAGGCAGCCAAGACUUUCUCGUGUUAAUCGUGAUGCACACGGUGUAGAACACCACACUGCUUUCUUCCCAUUCUCCGACAUCUUACUUCAAAACAUCACUUCAUUGGGACUGCGACCGAAGUGCAGUCCUGAAUGCAGGGGGGGGGGGGGGUUUGCUUUUGCGGGGAGGGACCCGAUACGGGGAUAGAGUUGGGCUCGGUCGCCCUGAAACAAGCAGUGGUAUUAUAAGUAAAGUAAGCCAUGGUUUGUGGUUGUUAGGGAGAUUUGAGUGUCUGUUGUAAAUGUCGUAGCUGUGUGAUGAUCUGUUCCAAGUCUGUGUGUGGCUGAAUACUAAGACUGGGGAAUUGAGAGGGACUGUGUUGUUGUGGGUUUUAGAGAGGGUUGUGACUUGUAAUAAGAAAGGAUUUAGAUACAGUAUGAGUUUGGUGUUGUCUUGGACUUGUUUGAAGGGGUAGUUGGCCAGUACCAUUUACUAGCACCUCUAGCAGGGAUUUCUACAGAGUGCCACCUAUAGGCUAGUCUGAAAUGUCACCACAUUGAGGUUACUGAAAAGUUCUGUCAGUGCACACAGCCUCAUGGAUUUGUAGAUAUUGUGUGUUGUGAAACAAGGCGGAGUGUGUCUUCACUUUGACGCUGAUAAGGAUGCAAAGGAUGAUCAUUUUGCUUUGUGACAGAUGUGUACGAACGAGCAUUCACAAUCUAUAAAGGUAAAUAUUCUCAAUCCCUCCCUUCCGUGGGCCGAAAGAACCACAACAUUGACAUGGACAUGUUUGACCCGGUAGUAGUGUGUCAGAACUAUGACAGCAUGUCUGCGUGGCAUGUCUUUGUCGACGUGUCGUGUGUGUGCGUGCUUGCGUGCGCACUAAGUGGGUGUAGGUUCUUGUAUGAAUGUCUUUGCUGUUGAUACAUGUUAACUUGCAAAGCUAAUGCUAGCAUCUGGGAAUGCUUUCAACCAAACCAAUAGGGCAGGUAUGAAUUAUAUAUAUAAAAAAACAAAGAUUUAUUUUUAUAACUUUAAUGUUAUUAGUUUGAGAGCCAUGAUGUGACGGUUGAAAUGUGUCAUCCAACAUGGAUUCACCGUGUGAUUCUUUUGUGACGCCUUAUAUAGCUCCAUGGAUGGCAAAUAUGAAUCAUACCAUUUUACUACUCAGUAGGAAUCAUACCAUCUUACUACUCAGUAGGAAUCAUACCAUCUUACUACUCAGCAGGAAACAUACCAUCUUACUACUCAGCAGGAAUCAUACCAUCUUACUACUCAGCAGGAAACAUACCAUUUUACUACUCAGUAGGAAUCAUACCAUCUUACUACUCAGUAGGAAUCAUACCAUCUUACUACUCAGUAGGAAUCAUAUGUAGUCUGUGUGGUGGGUGUCAUCUCUGAAAAAUAUUUUUUCUAGAUUUUUUCUGUCUCCCAAUAAUGAUUUACUUGCUGCUUUUAUUUUGUCAUUUCAAUGUGUUUGACUGUACCUUAUUUAUGUGAAUGGUGUGUGCGCCAUUUUGUUAUUUUUGAUCAUCCUGUACUGGUCUUGGCAUGCUGUUGAGUCUUCUGCAUAAUAGCAGACUACACACACCUCUCUUCAUUGUUAGCCAGUGUUUGCUCUGUUAUGAUUAUGAAGCCAGUGCACCAAAGAGGAGUAUUCACUAUCCUUGCCCCAUUGAUUUCAUCUGGGUUUGGAGUAAAACAUGCACCAAUACUGUAACAUAAAAUGUCUCUGUAUUUUCACAUUGAGAGCAUAUCUGUCAAUCUGUUUGACAGGUAAUUUGUCAUUUUGCUUGUGGGGAAUGAUGCUAGGUUGUAUUUUCGGUGCAAAACAGUCAGAAGACCACUACGGUGUCUUUUUAUUUGUGCCUAAAAUGCAAUGUGACCAGAACAGGGGCUUGGUCGUAUUGGCUUCUCUAGUUGUAUGUGACAGGUAGUCUGUGAGCAACAAACUACAAUGCAGGCUUUUGAAUCCUUAAAGAAACCAAAGAAGGAGAGCCGAACUUCACAAGCAUGACCAGGGUACAGCUUCUAAUCUAAAACCUGCAGUCAGGCUAACAUAGUGUAAUGGAGACCAAUUAAGUUGUCACUACUUAUCAUCUUUCUUAGUUUUGCAUAAAAAUCAUUUAAAAGAACAUCAAGCAACCAUACAGGCAAGAUCAAUGGGUACAAUUAAAUGUAUGUUUGUGUACUAAAUACGAUUUCAAUUUGGUUUAAGUUAAUUUUCUGUAGCCUUUGACUUCAUUUCAUGAAUAUCGUCUGUCCUAUGCAUUCUGUACUUGCAUGACAAGCUGUCUUUGUCCCAGCUAUUUGAACUACUGGAAUUUGCUUACCUGCAAAGGUGCCCCUGUCACUCACAGCUUGCCUCGCCUCCAAAUGUCUGGUCAGCUCCCCUUAAUUUAAAGGUAGUCCUUCAAACACUUAAACAUGUACCAACGUUCAUUGGUCAUUCUCAUAUUUCCAGUUUGCUCUUUCUGACAGUCUGUGGGGGUGCACUGUGUUAAUGAAUAAUUACCUGAUCUGAUUUUGAGACAGUCAACCUCUAUGGUUUAAGGACACUCUGUGUUGAAGCAGGAAGGGCGAGGCAGGUUGAAGUGCUUUUUAUUGAUAAUGGUGAGCACCGAUUCCGCCUUAACAAAUAGAUGUAUCUUGUAUGUUGCUCAAUGUCAAUUAAGUCCCUCUAAUUCUGUCCACACUCAUGACAGUUUUUCAAUGGUGCUUCUGCUGUCAAGACAAGGUCUGUGUGUUUUUCUCUAAGCAAUGUUUGUGAGUAUGAAAGCUACAUGUGUGUGCGCAGUGUAAUAAUGCAGGACUAGGUUCUGUAAAUAUGUUUUCAAAGUUGCAAAAUAUUUAAAUAAAGAAUAUAGUAUUUAUACUAAGA